GGCGUGCGAUCCCCACCUUCCCCAAGCAGCCUCAAACACGAGGUGCGGUUUCUCGCCGCUCCCUGGUUUUGGUCCGCAAGCCUACCUGGUACAUUGAAAGCCCCAAGCGACGCCAGGUCCGCUGAGCACGCAGCCAUCAACCGGUCACAGUCAGCUUUCGCCGGCAGGUUGGGACACGGUGCUUUGCAGCAGGUCCACGCCGCUUAACGAUGGGCAACCAUACAAAGAGAACUGGUUUGUCUGCCUCGGCAAGGCUCCUCGUCUUGUGGCAGGUGGGGCCGAUGCGCUCUGCCCCACCAUCUCUUGUGACCCGCCCACUUGUCGCGGUCCCGUCGAAGCGCGUCUUCAAUUGCGCGCCGCAGCGACAACACCAACACCAGCUUGCUCCCCCGAUUUUUACACACUCCUUACUUGAGUGAUAACACGGAUCACUCGCUUACACAAUGCUUGCACCUUCAUCCCCCGUCACAUUUCCCGCCAGCUCCUCCCCGGUCACCGCGAAGAGACCACGACCUCCCAACCCGUCGAAGCCCCCAAAGCCUCGCAUUCUUGGCGGCUUCCUUGCCGAGGACGACUCUGGCGACGACAUCUCGGAGCAGCCGUCACCAAAGCGGCGCAUGCUCCAACAAGGCACCCAAGACACCCAAGACACCCAAAAUGAACAAGACACGCGACGCUCCUUUACGGAUGCUAGAACACAACCCGUGGAGGGACGGUUGAACGAGACGUUGCCUGCCGCCGAGGUGGUCGUCUCAACUCCACCCGACAGUCAGUUGCACGGCGAAUUUGGGGAAGAAGCGGAACGCUAUGAACGUCUUUUCGGAAACCAGGGCUUGCCUACACUAGCCGCAUUCACCAGCAAGGACCCGCGCCCGGCUUCCUACCAGAUUUCGACAUGUUCCGCCCAGACGAUCCCUGUCCGAGAGCGCAAGCCCACCGCCGCAGUCUCGUACGCAAACAUGGUAGCAGCCCGCUCCAGGACCAAGGAAGGCCGUGCACACAAGAGCUACUACGGCAUCGCCAUCCACGAGCUCAUCGACGAUGCGAAUAAGGAACUUGCCCGAACCCGCAAGACGACCAAGUCUGCAACAACGACGGCGCCCGUCACCCUGCCCGCCGACGCCGACGACCCCCUCCGCUCCGUCGAAGCCCAAUACGCGAACCUCACGAAAGCCAAGCGCAACCGCACCAUGCUCUGGACCGAGAAAUACCGCGCCCGCACCUUCAUGGACCUCUGCGGCGACGACUUGACCAACCGCCAGGUGCUCCGCUGGCUGAAGCGUUGGGACCCCAUCGUGUUUCCGCACGCCGCCAGCAAGAGCAAACCGGCCAUCAGGCGCCUCCACCGCCAGCAGCAGCAGCAGCAGCAGCAGCAGCCGCAGGGCCCACAGGGGCAGCAGGGGCACCAGCCGGAGGAAGAGAAACCCCACCGCAAGAUCCUGAUGCUGCACGGCCCGCCCGGCCUUGGAAAGACGACCCUGGCGCAUGUGUGCGCGCGCCAGGCCGGGUACGAGGUCAUGGAGAUCAACGCGAGCGACGAGCGGAGCAAGGACGUCGUCAAGGGCCGGAUCCGGACCAGCCUGGGUACCGAGAGCGUGAAGACGGUGGAGCACAGGAAGCCGGAACCGGGGAAGCAGCCCAAGGUGGCUCGACCGGUGUGCGUGGUUGUGGAUGAGGUCGACGGUGUGGUUGGCGGCUCCGGAGGCUCGGGGGAGGGUGGCUUCGUCAAGGCGCUGAUCGAUCUCGUGCUGCUAGACCAGAAGAACAGCACGGGAGGCGCGACGACGUCCGGGACGGGCCGCAGGAAGAAGAAGGGGGAUGACUUUAGGCAGAUGAGGCCGCUGGUUCUUAUUUGUAACGACGUUUACCAUCCCUCGUUGCGCCCACUGCGGCAGUCUGGCUUGGCGGAGGUCAUCCACGUCGGGAAACCAACUGUGGAGGCGGUGGUUACCCGGCUGAAGACCAUUUUUGAAAAGGAGGGCAUCCCUUGCGACAAGGAUGCUGCGCGAAAGCUGUGCGAGGCCGCGUGGGGGAUGACUAGCGGCAUCGACGCCAAACGGGGGGCGGAGAGCAACGCAGAGGGCGACCUCCGAGGCGUCAUGGUGGUAGGAGAAUGGGUUGCCGGUCGGCUGAGGGCAACUUCUCCGGAAACCCCCCCUUCGCUCACACGGCAAUGGCUUGACCGUCAUAUUAUUCGCGACCUCGCCCACGGCGGUGGGGGCGCCCGAGGUCUCGGGCGCGGCGGUGCCAAAGAAAUCGUCACCCGCAUCUUCCAAGAAGGCGCCGGUUUCCCAAAACAGUCCGCCCCGGCUCUCCAAACCACCAAAGCGACUCGCCACGAGCAACCCCAGGCCCAACUCGGCUUCGCCGAGCAACAGAAGAAGUACGCCAUGACCCGCCUGCGCGAAAUGAUCGACACGUCGGGCGAAGUCGACCGCAUCAUGACCGAGAUCUUCCUCGAAUACCCGAACCGCGACUUUAACGACGAUUCCUUCUUGACCAAGCCCGACCUUGCCUACGAAUGGUUACACUUCCACGACACUUGUUCCUCCCGCAUAUUCUCCAGCCAGGAAUGGGAGCUCGCACCCUACGUCGGCCAGCCCAUCCUGGCCUGUCACCACCUCUUCGCGUCGCCACGGCGGCACCAGCCCCAGACAACGUCCGGCUGCGGCGGAAAGUGGGGCGAGACAGCCGAUGAUAGCGAAGCCAACGAACCUCCCCUGCCGUUCUCCGGGCCGCGGGCGGAUUACGCCGCGUACGAGGCCGAGAAGGUCAACCGCGCCGCGCUACAGGGCAUCCACGCCCAGCUGCCGCCGACUCUGACGCGCGCGUUCCGCAGCCCCGAGCACAUCGCGACCGACUUCCUUCCCUACCUGAUCCGCCUGGUCUCGCCCGACGUGAAGCCCGUCAUGGUGGGCGGGAGCAACGACAAGUUCGGCGCGGUCGCCUCGGUGCGGAGAGAGGCCGAGAAGGCCAUGGUCAAGCGCGCCGCGCGGGUGCUGGCCGAGGUGGGCAUCGCGCUGCACAAGGGCAAGAUCGAGCCGGACGCGGCGGCCGGCCCGGCAACGAGAACCCAGUGGGUGUACCGAAUGGAGCCGGACCUCGACACGCUCGCCACCUUCGAGACCGCUGCCGCGUACAUCCUCGCCUCCCAAGCGCCCACCCGCUACGCGGUGCGCCAGGUCCUCGACCAGGAACUGUACAAGACCCUCGCGCAACGGGACAGCGAGGCGCGCCAAGCCCGCCUAAAGGCCGGCGGCGGGCUGGCCAUCCCACACCACCAACCACCACCACCACCACGCGACGCCUUCGGCGCCAACCAAGACAACCACGCCACCCUCACCCUGCAGAACCGCCGACCCGACGACAAGCACACGAGCGUGAAGCGGGACUUUUUCGGGCGAGUCAUUGCCGAGCAGCCAUCGCGGGUGGCCGGCACAGACGGGAAUGCGGCGGCCGGCGAUGGCCCGGGGGGCAGGAAGAAGAGGAAAGCGAGCGGGGAAGAGGCGGGCGGGGCCGGGAUGGUGUGGGUUACGUAUCACGAGGGCAUGAAUAACGCUGUGCGGAAGCCGGUUUCGUUGGAGGAGUUCUUGCGGAGGUUUUAGGACGCCGGGGGUUUGGCUUGGGAGAGCGGGGGCGAGGCUAGGGGAGUUUGGUUGAUUGCGGGUGGUGUUUGUGUCCUUGAUUCUUGCCUGUGCAAGCUCGCCACGUUAUGCAACUUGGUUAAUUACAGAGAUGCACACUUGUGAGAACUAUCGUCAGCAUUAACGGGUUUAGCAUGGAGUUUGGCAAGGAAACAACAUUUGUGGGAACAACUGGGUUCGAUUCCUAUUCCGGUACAAAACCAAGGCUGCCUAAUCUUUUUUCCUCUAAUACAUCCCAUGCCGUGUAUCCCUUGAGAACAG